AUGGGUGGAAUUGAUGUCUCUUCCGUGGUGAGCUCCAUCAUCUCAGCUUUUGGUAAUGGAAUGGAUAUUUUCCACCGUCUGGGAGGAAAGAGAAGGAAAACCAACGCCAGACUCCCUCGGCCGUCCGAGGAAGAACAAUGGCUCCGACACUCGUUGAGGAACCGACCUGUGGAGAUCAAACAAGAAUACGAUCAGCAAGUGGCCAGGUUUGGCCGUCAAUUUGAAGUUGGGGACGCUGUUGCGCAGUCAAGUUUGGCACAUACUCUUCUUGUCCUCAACACUGGGCUGAUCAACUUGAUCAAUCAUGCCCUUGCCGGAGAUCCAAAGACGAUAUCCUUGUCUCAGAGGACCUUGUUCAGUCUCUCUGAAACCGCCGCUGUUGACACUAUGACUGCCAUCGGACAGCUGGGUUCGCGCCUCAGCCUAGUGUCAGCAUCCAGACUGGCUCUUGAGUCGAAGGAGAGCCGGAGGUCUGACGAGAAGAGCUCUCACAAAGAACGCAAAUCUAGUUCGACAGCAUCGGCAAAAAAGACUAAGAGGCCACCUCCAGCACCAUUACUGGUUCGUGGGGGUUGGGUGAGGUCGAGAAGCGGGUCUUCCGUUGUCUCUGGGGCAUCUGCGAAGAAAGCGAGGGGAGAGCAGACGCACAAGCACCAACGAUCCAAAUCCGAUUCUAUGGUACCGAAGUCGUCUGCAGCCCGGUCCAGCGACUCCAGGGUAAAGCGGGAAGAGUCACUCAGCGAGGUGUCUGGCUCUACAUCCAAAACAACCCCCGGUCAAGUGGAAGAGCCAAAGCCUUCCAGCAGACGCAAGUCCAGCGAACAGCCCCGACCACACAGUCAGCGAAGCAUGCUCAUCGUGCCUGCGGACUUCUUCGAGAACGCGCAUAACAAUCACGAGCAAGCUGUAUUCCAACAACCGCCACCUCGACCGCCCAAGAUUCCGCUCCAUAGCCGGCCCAACCCAGCACAGUCCAGAGUGCGUCCGACAUCGACCAUGACAUUCAUGACAGCCAGCACCAAGAUCGGCGAGAUACCGGAAUCUCGGUGGCCGGACAAGGUAUUGCCAGAGGAAGGAGAAGGGUCGCGGAGAAUGCCGUACAUUAUCCCUCCUCCGCUUGAGCCGAGCGAGCAGAAGAGGAGGAAAGGGUUCAAGUUCUGGAAAAGAGAAGACAAAGAAGACAAGAGGCGUGAUAUUGCCGCCUAUUGA